ACCGCCACAAGCUUUGCCUUUUUUGAGUGAUGGCGAGAAAAGGCGAGGUUUGGUCGACACACAGUUCGUGCGGGCAUGCCAACAUGCGCUGACGUGGUGCAGGUCUGUGUCCCGUGGUGUUCGGCCGGCUUUGCCGCCCGUUGCUUUUUCCCCGCCGCGCUGUCUCGCCGUGAGUAGGCGAGCGACUUCCGCACCCCAGGCGCGCGUCACACUUGACGGCGCACUGGACGGCGCACAGGUGCUCGUUGUGUCUGCCUGCUGAUUGUUUGAAUUCACACACGUUAUAAAGGAAGCGGUCAGCGAUGGCGGCCUUCACACUCUUCAGCUCGAUGAUUGGAAACAAUGCUGAGCUGUCGUUUGUCAGCAACAUCGUCAGGGAGCGCAGCAACACCUUCUCUUCUGCCAAUUGCCAAGAGCAUCUCGCGUCACGGCCCGGUGUCGUCAUCCCCGUAGCUGCCUCGCAAUCACGCGGUGUCGGUACUCGACGGGUCCAGGUUGUCCCUGUGGACAGUGAUAAGACGGGCAGGAUUCGUCCGAAGCAGUUGGGCGGAGAGCCCGUGAAACUUCUGUCGAGGGUGGAGCAGUUGCGGCUUCUGUCAAAGGCGGAGAAAGCAGGGCUGCUGUCGGCGGCAGAGAGGCUUGGAUUCUCCCUGUCAAACAUUGAAAGGCUGGGACUCUUAUCCAAGGUCGUCAUAAUGGCAACACUUGCAUAUUACGUGAACGACCGUGCACGGUGACGUAAGGGUUGCUGUGCAUGCACGCAUGUUGACGAAACAGUUGCAUGUUACGU